AUGUCGGGCACCCAAUUUCACCGAGGAUGGUUCAAGCCGGGGGAUCGCCCUUCAACCACAGUCCUGGGACCUGUGCACGGAUCGCGGGAGCCCACGCCUGCAGCUUCGCUAACCCAGUUCUGGUUGGCGUACUGCCUGGGUCACCUCAGCUCGUCUGCCUCCAUACCCGACGGUAUGGAUCGUGAUGCAUUCUGCAUCUUUUGCUGGGGUUUCGAACCCAGCGAUUGGGUUCAAGCUCUGAGAAGGAUAAGAGUUACAGCAUCCAGAUCGCCAGCUUCACUUGACAGGCUUAUUUCGGGAGGCCCUUGCCAAAUGUUGGAGAUGGGUCCCUUGACGAGACUGCAUUGCCAGGCUAUUCGCUUGUUGAACCAUGAGCGUCGCCCGUCUUCCUUCGCCAUGCAAAGCUGUUCAGUAAUCCGCAACAACCCUGGCACAAUAUCCUACGAAAAACGAUGGCGACAGGGUAGCUCAUGGUUUGAAAAUGUGCGCGCCAAUGAGUGGCGCGAAAUCGGUGCAUCCAAGCCACGAAUCGGUUAUGGCGACGUUGUCACCUACUCACCUAGGCGAUUGACGUUUGGCAGUUCUCGAUUAUGUCAACCAGCAUUCAAGCCACCCGAUGAUGAUCUUCGUACUGAGCGGACAUUCCCCCAAUCGUGUGUCACUUUUGCGCUCCGUGAUGCAGAUGUGCGGAUGGCCGAUUACACGCUGCAGUACCCCGCGGAAGUCUCUUCAGACUCGAUUGGAGAACUAGCCAUAGUCUCACGGAAGGGUUCGCCUAAAUGUGAUCCGUCAAGGGGUUGCACAUUCAGAUGCUUCCAAGCCUCCAAGAAAACAGCGACAACGGGAAGCUGGGCUCUUGAGUCUCAGAGUCUAAUUGGAUCCGACUCAUCGGCAAAGCGGAUAUGGCAAAGUGAGCCUGUUUCUGAAUGCCAUGGUUUCGUCUUGCUUGCUUUUGCCGCGGUGCCGUCAACGGGUGUGGAUUGCACCCAAACACUUUUGCAGUGGCUACGGAGUACCAGCGUCACAACUGCUUUCGAUACCACUCUCAAUGUCUCUGCAUGGCUUGCAUAA